ACCAAGGGGAGUAACUUGAAAAAAAGAAUAGAAUCAAAUACAUACCUAAAAUUGCCGGAAAUAUGAUUUAGUGGAUUGGUAUUGAAUUUGAAGCCAUCCGAUGGCGGCGAUGGGUUUGCUCGCAAAACCCAUCGAAUAUUGAUGAAACCUAAACCCUAUUCCGUUCCCCUUCUCAACCGAUACUUUUGCGCGCAAUCUCCUCCUCUCAUGGCUCAAACCCCAGCUUGUCUCGAUGCAGAACAACCGCAUGACGACCACCAUCAGCAGCACUUGGGUUUUCCGGCCCGGAGUCUAAGCGGAGAGUCUCGAGCGGAACGGGCUUGGGCUCACUGGGCCAAGUUGGGCCGACCCAGAUUAAUAGUGGCCCCGAUGGUUGACAAUUCGGAGUUGCCGUUUCGAAUGCUGUGCCGCAAGUACGGUGCCCAGGGCGCCUACACCCCUAUGCUCCAUUCCCGCAUCUUCUCCGAGACCGAAAAGUACAGGAACGAAGAAUUCACCACUUGCAAGGAGGAUCGACCGCUCUUUGUUCAAUUCUGUGCCAACGAUCCUGAUGUUUUGUUGGAAGCUGCACGCAAGGUCGAGCCUCACUGUGAUUAUGUUGAUAUUAAUCUUGGGUGUCCGCAGCGCAUUGCUAAACGAGGAAACUAUGGUGCAUUUUUGAUGGAUAACCUUCCUCUUGUGAAAUCUCUAGUGGAAAAAUUAGCUGUAAACCUACAGGUUCCUGUUUCAUGCAAAAUUAGGCUCUUUCCCAAUUUAGAAGACACUUUGAAGUAUGCUAGGAUGCUUGAAGAGGCUGGUUGCAUGCUUUUAGCUGUUCAUGGCAGGACCAGAGAUGAGAAGGAUGGGAAGAAAUUUCGAGCAGACUGGAAAGCUAUCAGGGCUGUAAAAAAUGCAGUCAGGAUCCCAGUCCUUGCAAAUGGGAACAUACGGCAUAUGAAUGAUGUUAGAGACUGUUUGGAAGAGACGGAGGUUGAAGGGGUACUUUCUGCUGAGACCCUGCUUGAAAAUCCUGCUCUCUUUGCUGGAUUUCGAACUGCCGAAUGGGUGUCUGAAAGUGAAGGAACCAAUGUGGAUGGAAAACUAGACCAGGCAGAUCUUCUAAUAGAGUACUUGAAACUUUGUGAAAAGUAUCCUGUGCCAUGGAGAAUGAUUCGUUCUCAUGUUCAUAAAUUGUUGGGAGGCUGGUUCAGCCUUCAGCCUCACAUCAGGGAGGAGCUAAACAAGCAAUCUAAACUGACUUUUGAAUUUCUUUAUGACAUGGUAGAUCGACUUAGGGAUACAGGUACAAGGAUCCCACUUUACAAAGAUACCCGAGCAGAACUUACAUCGGACAGUUACUCAGAUUGACCCGGCUGCACACCAACAUUUGGAGCUCGAAAUUGAGCCAAAAUCUCAAUGAAGAUAUCUUAUGUGGUAUGAGGCCAGGCUAAGGUAGCAUGAUUACGCACGACUCAGAUACAAUUUUGUUGUGAUUAAUUAGGAGUAAGAAUGGUUAAAAUAUCCAUUUUCUUAUUUCUUUUGUUGUAUUUGUCUUCAUUCUUAUGGCAAUUGCCAAUUGACAGUGUUGUACCCUAUUAAAACGCUGAUGCUUGAUCAGAGCGGAUUAAUUUUACGUGAUUGUCUUGAA